UCCUUCAUACUCAACAACAUAUAUACAACUACACUUACAUAUAUAGCAACUCUCUUCCUUGUCUUGUCCUUAAUUUAUACACAACCUCCAAAUUCCAACCAUAUCUAUACUGUACGCACGAGUGCCGAUCUUCCCACUACCAUUAUUUACCAAAACAAGCAAUGGAUAAUACUAGCAUGCUUCAAAUGGUUUCAAGUUUGGUUCUGAUUCUAAGUGUUUCAUCAUUGGCUUCAGCAUCUCUGAAAGUGGGUUUCUACAGCUCCACGUGUCCAUCUGCCGAGGAAAUAGUGAGAAGCACAGUAAACAAAGCAAUUUCAGACAACGCCGGCAUAGCUGCGGGUCUCAUAAGAAUGCAUUUCCAUGAUUGCUUUGUCAGGGGUUGCGAUGGUUCCGUGUUACUAGCAUCUACCCCAGGUAACCCAGUAGCCGAGAGAGACCAUUUUGCCAACAACCCAAGCUUGCGUGGCUUCGAGGUGAUUGAGGAGGCCAAGACCCAAUUAGAGGCUGCAUGCCCUCAAACGGUAUCGUGUGCAGACAUUUUGGCAUUCGCAGCACGAGACAGUGCUCUCAAAGUUGGUGGCAUAAACUACGACGUACCAUCUGGACGCAGAGACGGACGCAUCUCCAUUGCUGAUGAAGUGCCACGGAAUCUGCCUGCACCAACCUCCAGUGCCCAUGAACUUGUUAGUAAUUUUUCUCGAAAGGGCUUGUCAGCAGAUGAAAUGGUGACACUUUCAGGAGCGCAUUCAAUUGGUGUCUCGCAUUGUUCUGCCUUCUCCAAGCGCUUGUACUCUUUCAAUGACACAGUCACACAAGAUCCCUCUAUGGACUCUUCAUAUGCUGAAACGUUGAAAAGCAAUUGUCCUGCACCACCUUCCACCACAGAUUCAACAGUGUCUCUUGAUCCUUCCACUCCCAUUCGUUUGGACAACAAAUACUAUGAGGGAUUGAUCAACCACCGUGGCCUCCUCACAUCAGAUCAGACUUUGUACACCAGUCAAACCACAAGGGAAAUGGUUCAAAGCAAUGCCAACAAUGGUGCUAGUUGGGCUGAGAAGUUUGCCAAGGCAAUGGUGCAAAUGGGUUCCAUAGAAGUGCUUACGGGCUCCGAUGGUGAGAUAAGGAGACGUUGCAGCCUUGUUAAUUAAUUAAUUCACAGCUGCUGCAUUCUUCUUGAAACCAAACUCAAUUGUUUCUUAUAUAUUGCAUUCUUUUCAUUAUUGUUGGACAAAAAAAAAAUGGUGAGUUUGCCAAUUGUUUCGUUCUUUGAAUUUUUUAAUACUUGUUUAUGUUGGCGUGAAUCAUGGCUGUAAUUAUGUUUUAAUUGGUAGCAAUAUAUAAUGUAAUUAUGGGAACAGAAUA